AUGUCCGUGAGAUAUCUCGGAUUUCUUCUCCUGGUUUGGUUUACAGGGGUGCUACAUGCACAAAGUGCAGCACAGCCUUGUACGGCUCCCAGCCUGAGGUAUGGUUAUCUUGUCCCUGAACAACACACUUAUUUUCAUGAAACCACGCUCACAUACUCCUGUGAUUACGGACGUAAACCAGCAGUGGAGGGAUGGUGGGCGACAAGCACAUGUAGAAAUGGCACAUGGUUUCAUAAACCACAGUGCAUAGACGAAAAAGCCUGCCUUCCACCAACUGUCCCCAAUGCAAAAUACACUGAAAACCAAAAAGGUUGGUAUGAGGACGGACAUAAAAUAAGGAUAACAUGUGAAAAAGGAUAUGAACACAAAAACAAGACUGCCACAUCCAACUGCAUGAAUGGAACAUGGAGCUCUGUGCCGGUCUGUGAGAAAAGUAGCCAGUCAUGCCAUGAGCCUCCUAAAAUCCCCCAUGCAGUCAUCAUUCUUCAGAGAUACCAGGAGGUGUUUGCUGUAGAUUCAGAAGUGCAGUAUGAAUGUGAAGAUGGAUAUACUGUAGAGGGAGCAGACAGCAAAAAAUCCAUCCUUUGCAUAGCUGGAAACUGGACUGAAGCCACACCGUGCAGUACUGGACAUGGUGUAUCCACUGUGGGAAGAACAGGUGGGGGACAUACUUCAUCUGCUGGAAUGGGGACACAACCUGCUGGUGAAGAAACCAUACCAGUCAGCAACUGUGGAACACCUCCCACAGUUCCUAAUGGUGAGGUUGUAAAAACUGGUCACAUGUUUUUGAAGUACCAGUGCGGUUCCUUUUACACACAAGUGGGUCCAGCGGCAGUGGUUUGUUACAGUGAUGGCACAUGGUCAGAAGUACCCACCUGCAGAGCUACCUUCUGUUCUGUGGAUACAAAUGAAUAUCCAGCCUUAGAACCUGCUGGAGUAAAAAUUCUAAAAAAUGGUGAGAGUGAGACAUUCAAAUGUAAGGAUCUCUGGAUAUUUAAAAAUUAUUCUGUGGGCCGCUGUGCUGAUGGAAGAAUGACGUUUACCAGAUGUAAGUAUCACUAUGAAAGAAUAGAACUACCAAGUGUGCACCCUUGA